UUAUUACGAUCGGAUAAGAACUUCGAUACCUGAUGAAUUUUUGGUAGUAUUUCCAUCAGCUGAGCCUUCUACUAAUUUUCGUUACGAGGAUAAAGAACAUCCAUUGUACAAUUUGUCUACGAACCUGAUAAGUAAACUCCGCACAAAAAGUCCUAAUAGUGAAAUACAAUCUAUUCUUGAUGAGGUGGGCAAGAAUUUCCCGGAAAUGCCUCAACUCGAACGAGAACACUCUAUAAGAGACUUGUUCACUCAAUGUGUUCUUAUGCUAGGUAGCAAGAGCUUCAGUCACGUGCUGAAUGUCAUUGAAAGAUACCUACCAAUUUUACAGUCAUUGAACGAGACAUUCGAGGCAAGAAUUCAUACUGUCAAAAUUGUAUCUGAAUUCUGGGUCAAUAAUACGCAGUUUUUGGGUAUUCUACUCGAUAAAUUAUUGAAUUAUCGCGUUAUUGAUGCCAUUGCCGUAAUAUAUUGGCUUCUCUCUGAUGAGAUGGAGAAAGAUAUUGCCAGGCAAGACUCUUGGUUGCUUAUCCCUCGCCUAUCAAUUUCAUACGAAUCGUACACGUGGGAAAUAAUGAAAAAUACAAUCAACAAGGUAAUAUCGCGCGUCAAGCAAGUAACAGUCAAAUUAGAAUCAAUGUUAAAACCAGGUUCCGAGAAUGUUGGCCAGGGCGUGGAUAUAACGUCUGAAGAGAGUAAAAAGGUUAAUCCCGAUGAGAUACAGAAUCUCGAAAAUACGUUGAACAUGGUGACCAGAGAACAAAAAGAAGUUUUGCUAAAAGUGUUUCAACUAUGCAUUUCUCGGCUUGAAAAUAAGUUGACAGAUUACAGCAACCAGGGAAUACAAGAUCCGAUGGCUCAGCCAUGGUUUUGGUGGGCUUAUGGAUUCUUCAGAGAAAUUGCUCGAACGUAUCAACCACAGAUUUCGACAUUUAUGGUAACAUUAGAAACUGUGGUUCUUACGCCAGAGUCUAAUCCGAAUAUUACAAAUGUUAUUGAGAUGGUGAAAUUGUUAUCAAAAUUUAGCGAAGCGACGGUUGAAAAUGACUUUUCAUAG